UGUGCCCCUGAGCGGGGCAGCGGCUCGGGUGCAGUCCCCUGGGUGUCUGCGAAGAGCUGUGAGCCAGAACGGAAAGAGGUACAAACUGGGCCUGCAGUGCUUUUCUAGAUCGCUUGGAGCCAAGUAAACACCGCGCGAAUGGUGAAAUCGGUGCUCUGAGAAAGUUACUGAAAUCAUGAAUCCUGUGUAUAGCCCUGGAUCUUCUGGGGUUCCCUAUGCAAAUGCCAAAGGAAUUGGUUAUCCAGCUGGCUUCCCAAUGGGCUAUGCAGCAGCUGCUCCUGCCUAUUCCCCUAACAUGUAUCCUGGAGCAAAUCCUACCUUCCAAACAGGUUAUACACCAGGUACCCCGUACAAAGUCUCCUGUUCACCCACCAGUGGAGCAGUGCCACCGUAUUCCUCGUCACCGAAUCCCUACCAGACUGCUGUGUACCCAGUCAGAAGUGCCUACCCACAGCAGAAUCCAUAUGCACAGCAAGGCACUUACUACACACAGCCUUUAUAUGCAGCACCACCCCACGUAAUUCACCACACCACAGUCGUGCAGCCCAAUGGAAUGCCAGCAACCAUGUAUCCUGCUCCGAUCCCCCCACCCCGAGGGAACGGGGUGACCAUGGGCAUGGUGGCUGGGACGACUAUGGCAAUGUCAGCAGGUACUUUGUUGACAACUCAUUCCCCAACUCCAGUAGCCCCUCAUCCAGUUACUAUGCCCACGUAUCGGGCUCCAGGAACACCAACCUAUAGUUAUGUGCCCCCACAGUGGUGAUCAUCCUGGCAGUCAGUGUUUGAAGAUGGGAGAUAUGCAAUCAAGAAAUUGAGGUUUAAAAGUUGGUGCUGAAGCCCUCAUGCCUCCAACCAGGACUUUCCUUCUGAAUGCUUUCAACACUUGGCUAAACACUACUAAUUCCUGAUCACUGAAGAUUUUCCAGUGCUGCAUAUCUUACAUCUUGGAACUCCAGCAGUUAGUCUUAAAGCAAAUCCUGUUUUGUGGACUGUCUUGCAAUUUUUUAGCUAAUUAUAACGAUAAAAAGGGAGUAUAAAUUUAUUCUGAUCCAUAUCUAGUUGAAUGCAUGUUAAAACACAAAAACAAAGCUUGCUCAAUCUACCUGCAGUGACUGAUGCAAAAACCAUCAUAUGCAAAUCCAAAGGAACCGAAAAGUAUUUUACAACUUGUAUCACUAAUGCACUGUUGUAAUGUAUGCAGGGUCUGAAAAGGUAGAAUCAUGAAAGUGAGUUUCUUUCUGGAAUACCAUAACAUACAUUAGAUAAGUGCUUCAGCCUUUUUCAGGUUGACGGAGUUGCCAGUUUAAAAGGGGCAUAUUUUUAUUUAAGUGAUGUGUUCUUUUCGAAUUCAGCUACUAAAUUGGAGUGACUGGAAAAUGAGUCAGACAAGUUGUAGAAAUCCCGCACACAAUUAGUUUACUUCAUACCUUUUCAUUUUCAUGAUAUGAAUUCAGUGUUAUACAGAUGUUCUUAGGAUCAGAAUGAAAUGACAGAGGUAAUGCUGUGUGUGCCAGUAAAUAAGGCAAACUUCCUUGAGGCAAAACUGGCUCUUAGGAAUAGUAGGAGGUGAUAUCACUUGCAUAAAGAAUUGCAUGUCCUGGGGAGAUUUCUAUCCAGUACUAUCUUUCAUACGAUGCAAGAUGUGUCAAAGUGAGACUGCCACACAGAUUGAUAGAAAACACUUUUAGUUCUCAGUUGAGGAAAUCCGUGCUGUUUUUCCUAAAGAAUGUUGUAGUCAGUUGAAAAUGUACAUGCAGCUGAUCCAGCUUGCUUUCUGGAAACUUAGGAAGUGCGAGGGCUUUCUGCAGCAAACAGAGUUCAGAUGCAUGUUACUCUGAGGAAAGCUUGUGUGCCUGAUGAGUAUGUUAAAGGGGAACAAAUCAUUUUAAUGCAAUUUCCUUAUUAGCUACUUGCAGUAUGGACUAUGGAUACUCUGUAGUAGGGCUGCCAGAGGUUUCAAAAAGCAGUUCUUUUUUUUUUUUUCCUGAAAGUAUUUGUAAUUGAAAUAGGAGCCACAUGUUGGUUACAGCAUUUUUACGUGUUUUCUUAGUAUUUUCUUUUUUUACUUCCUAAAUUGCACUUGGAAGCACGUAAAAUAAGACUCAACUGCAGAUUAGCAUUUCAUUGCAGUGAGUCAUUUGUGAUAUUCUUUCUUGCAACUUCAAUUUUUAAAGUACCUCAGAGCAAAUGCUGUGGGCAUAAAGGGCUAGCCUUGGAACCCAUUUGUAUACCAAAAUCGUUAUGGGAGAGAUUUUAAAUUUUUAAAUUUGAAUAUUGCACAUGAAAAUCGAGGUUUUUCUUAAACCUGCUUGACUUACAAUUCCAGAAAGAUGCAAUUUUCUUUUUUUUUUUUCUUUUUUUGAUACAUUCUGCCUGCAAUAAAUUAUGCAGUAAAUGGUUAUAAAAUGUUGUUCCCUUUUAAGCAUUUACACCGAGGUAUAUCAGGCUGUAUUGUUCCCUUAGGUAAACUUCCAUUCAGAAUUAAAUUUUUUGAAGUUGUGUAUCUAGUUACGCUUUGUUUUGGGGUGUUCUGCUCCUGUACAGAUUUGGCAGCUGCUUUGGGGCAGCAUCAGUGCUGAUUUAAUGCUGCCAUCCCAGUACUCUGCCCUGGUGGGAGGCUUGUGUACCUUCAUACCCCAUUGGUGGUUAGAGCCUUCAGUAACUUUAUUUUUUACAGUAAGCACUCUCUGUAUUUUGUACCCCCCCUUUUUUUUUUAAAUAAAGUUUAGGUUUAUUUUGCAUGAAUCACUGUCAGUGGAUGGCCCCCUUAUUUCUAAUGCCUUGAACAUAACUAUGUUGUUAGAAUAAGUACUUUAAACCUUAUUCGUGAGCACUUACUGCAGCUUAGGGAUUUCCAUAUGUUUUUUAUAUGGAGCAGAAAAUUACCCAAGACAAACUUAGUCGAAUCUGUAGUGCUUUGUUCAAGUCUGUUUAACAAUUCCAUUUGUGUAGUAGAUGUGCAGCUUUGAUUAGUGAGGUGUGGCAGAGCACAAUGAGCAUUAACACAGGGCACUUGUCCUGAGCGUGGUUUUAACCAGGAGCUGAGGUCUGGAGCAGGGCUGUGUUGGGGAGGAGCUGGGAAGGCCAAGCUGAAAGCUUUGCUGUCUCCUGUCUCAUCACCAUAAACUGAAGCUUUGAAAAUCAUAGGAGAGAACUUCCAUGAAUGCUGCAAUAGAGAAAUAGUUGAGAAAUGAAUAUAACUUCCUGUAUAUUUGCUCUAACUUCAGAUUCCGAAAUGUCAUCUUGGAAUUGAUCUCCAUAUAGUAUUCCAUAACAUUUAGGCAGUCUCACUUACUUGAGCACUUUUUUUCCUAAGUUGCAUUAUGGGAUUCAUCCAGGAGGGAGAAACUGUACCUUUUCCAAAGGUACCACACCUUCCAGUUCUGAGCGACUCUGAUCUGCUGGGAGGCUGGAGCGUGUCUCCAGGAGUUGUUAUGAAAAGUAACCAAAAGCACAGUGCAGGGGGACGGGGGAAUAUGUGUAUAUAUAACUAUCUUAAUGGUAUUUUGUUGCAAAUAGUAGAAAGCAUGGAUAUAAAACUGCAGCAGGGGAAACUGUACAUCAUUAAAUAGGCGUUUACACAGUGAGGGUCUUACGAAACAUUCUCUCCUGCUUUUUAUAUAACAUUCCCUAUUUAGAAUUCCUUUAUAAAUGAAUACGCAGUAUGUGUUUGCACAAGAGCUCCUCAGCAAGUGAAAAGAGCUAGUGCAGUAGAGACAUUUCAGAUCAAGCUUCUCUUUAAAAAAAAAAACAAAAAACCAAAAAAAAACCACACAAAAAAACUUUUAUGGCAGCUUUAUAUGAUUAAAAAAAAAGUACUACUAUAAACCUGGAACUGAAAAUAACUUGCAGCAAUAACAAAGAGAAGUCCAAGAAAGAUUUUUCUUUUUUUUUGGUUAAAAUUCAAAUUUCAAGUGUUGAGUUUAGAUAACGUAUUUUUAAAAAACUGAGGUAUUCCCUAUGUCAGUAACAGCUGAUGAAAAUGUCUUUUAAAUGUAGCAGCAGCAAAAGAAAAAUGGCUAAUAACUGGCACCAAAAACAUGUAGCCCUAGUCAGUGGCAUGGUGGUUAACUAAACACUAGGAAGGAAAAGAGAGAACCUACUAUUAGAUGUUGCUUAUGCUUGUUGUAACCAUCUCCUGUUUGAAGUUUCUAGGAGACAUGCAGGAAUGCUGUUCAAGAAAGCUUCUUUUUGAGUGUACUAUGCAAGUUAAAUGCUUAGAUGCAGUGGUAGACAAAAAAAGUCCUUUAUUUUAGUUGAAGUUCUUCCUCGUAUUGCUUCAUCCACUGAAAAAAAAAAAAAAACCAAAAACCAGAACCAAACCACCACCUGUAAGUACCACCGUGUCUUAGUGUUGUCAGAAAAUAGCUGAUGGUGCAGAGCUGUAUACCAGGGUACUCAGCAUUGACUGCUCUCCAUGGAGCAUUCUGGCUUCACUGCUCCUUGGGUAGUAAGGCAAGAGAUGGUCAGGAUUGUCUUGGAAUCACUCCCCAGUGCUUCAGCACAGUAUUACACACUUGUUCAUUUGGGUUUUGCUUGAAUAGGUGAGCACAGCAAUCCAAUACCACCACCUAAGUAGGCUUAAACUCAUCCCAGGAGUAGUAACUACCGUGUGUGUGAAACCUCCCAUCUUAGGAUCGUGAGCGAUAGUGAUGCUUCAGCUGGAGCUCGAGGGAAAGGACAGAUGCGGGGGCUGUGCCUGGCCGAUGUGGUGCCCGGGCUGUGGUCUGUGCCUGGCCUGGGUGGUGCCCGGGCCGUGGUCUGUGCCGUGUUCCAUGGGAAACAGGCCCAGUCACCCCAGGCCUCUCCAGCAGGUGUCAGGCGGGAGCCCAGCCCCGUGUCCCUGCGGUUGUGAACGCUGGAACAGACACGGCGAGUUCAGCACAUUCACAUUGUUCUCAUUACUAAGUGUCAGCUUUCUAAUCCUGUAUCGUGUCAGCUCGAAGGGUCCUGCAGAGCCCUCAGACAUGAGGAGGUGCAGUGCUGCUUAGCAGGAGCUCCUGCAGCAGGGAAGGGCAGUUUGUGCAUCAGGGCUCACCAAGAGCCGAGUUGGUUCUGAGCUCUCUGAAGGAGCGAGGCCUCGGCAGGCUGUGCACCUCUGGUCAGGGGUGCUGAGGGGGAAUAAGGGCUGGUUUGUAGACUGAAGAGAGGGAAAAGGAACAGUGCUUAUCUGGGGACAAGGAAACCUUUUCUUGUGUGGGUUGCAUAUAACACUGAAACAUCUGAAUUUCAUGCGUAGUAAGGGUCCAUUUGUGAUUUGUAAAAUUUAUGGGCUCUGAAGUUUAAACAUCAAGAAAGUGAACAUGACUUUUCUAAACUGGUUGUGACUUUUGGGCACUUAGCAGGCAAACUGGGAAAGCUUUUUUAGCUGGCUGCUGUACAGAUUUGUUUUAAGUAGAAGGGAUUUGUUAGUGGGUUUUUUUUAAUUGUAAUGCUAUUAUUGGCUGCCCUCCUGUCCAAGAUUUUAAAAAGUGAGUGCAUGCAAUGGAAGUACAAGAGGCCCCAGUAAUAGUUCUCCAUGUUUGUUAUGAAAUAGACACAGGUUUCCUUUUUAUGACUUUUUUUAAAACUGUCUUAGGAACAGUUGUAUUGGUACUUUUUUUUUUAAGUUUAGGUCAAUGUUGUCUUCCAGAAUAAGUUUUAAGGCAUCACUCACUCCUGCAUUGAACUAUUGCAUCAACACAAAGAGUGGAGAUUCCAUUCUGAGCCAGUUCAAUUGUGAAAAUUCAUACUUUUUUUAUUUUUUAUGCAAUUCAAUGAGUAGAUGAGCUCAGAUUUAAAUUCUUAAAAGCACGUUUAUUGUAACAAGAAUUGUUAUGUAUUAAUACUUCAGUUUUCAAUAAAGAUUGACUUGUGUUGCUUA